CAGCCAAGCAAUUGCAAAACCUUCUCAAACACUCAAUUCUCCAUUCCACUCACAAAAACCGCAAACCUUUCCUACCAAAGAAAUGGCUCCUAUCAUGGCCGCUGCCGAUGCUGCCGCUAAUGGCGUUGUGAAACUGAAGUCUGAGAACCAGCCUAGCUGUGCUUAUGUGACGUUUUUGGCCGGAAACGGCGAUUACGUGAAGGGUGUUGUUGGGCUGGCCAAGGGGCUGAGGAAGGCGAAGAGCAAGUACCCACUUGUGGUGGCGAUAUUGCCGGACGUGCCCGCGGAUCACCGAAAGAUCCUAGUGGAUCAGCGUUGCAUCGUGAGGGAGAUUGAGCCCGUCUAUCCACCAGAGAAUCAGACCCAGUUUGCCAUGGCCUAUUAUGUGAUCAACUACUCCAAGCUCCGAAUUUGGGAGUUUGUGGAGUAUAGUAAGAUGAUCUAUUUGGAUGGAGACAUCCAAGUCUUCGACAACAUCGACCACCUCUUCGACCUCCCAAACGGCUUCUUCCACGCUGUCAUGGAUUGCUUUUGCGAGAAGACAUGGAGUCACACCCCGCAAUAUGAAAUCGGGUAUUGCCAACAGUGCCCGGACAAGGUCCAAUGGCCCGACCGUGUCGGCCCGAAGCCGCCUUUUUACUUCAACGCAGGCAUGUUCGUGUAUGAACCAAACCUGGACACUUACCAUGAUUUGCUCGAAACCCUCAAGAUCACACCACCAACUUCGUUUGCUGAACAAGACUUCUUGAACAUGUACUUCAAAGAUAUCUACAAACCAAUUCCCAACGUAUACAACCUCGUGCUUGCGAUGUUGUGGCGUCAUCCUGAGAACGUUGAGCUCGACAAGGUGAAGGUUGUUCAUUAUUGUGCCGCUGGGUCGAAGCCGUGGCGAUACACAGGCGAGGAACAGCACAUGGAUCGAGACGAUAUCAAGAUGCUGGUGAAGAAGUGGUGGCAUAUUUAUGAUGACGAGUCCUUGGACUACAAGAAUAUUGUCGCAAGAGAUGCAGUGGCAAAGCAAACAAAAUGGGAUCGCUUCCUUUCGGCGUUGGCCGAGGCCGGAGCUUUCCGCUUCAUAACCGCCCCAACUGCUGCCUAGUUGUGUGUAAUUAGGGGUUUGUCUUUUCAAAGUGCAGAGUAAUUAUAGAGUCAGCUACAAUUGGAAUUGGUAGCUCUUGCUUUUCCUUGAAAGGGGAGGGUUUUAUUUUCCCUUUCAUUUCCAAGAUUUAGGGGUUGAAGAGAAAGAUUUCUCUUAAUUUUUUUUAUGUUUUCUUUUGUUGAUUGAUUUGUACAAAUAUAUGUCAAGCGAAAUAUCAAAUUAAUAUAUGUUAUUUUUGUUGUA